AAAUGCAAAUUUAAAAUGCAUUAUAACGUUCAAAUGAUAGCCGAAAAUAUGUAGAGAAAAACGCGGUUGUAUUUUCGGAUUCAAAAACUUGUACCUAUCCCAUUAUCAUCAAAAUACAUAAAUACGCUCGAUACGAUUGAAACAUGUUUCAAAAUGGAGUAGGUAGCUACUAGCUAGGUACCUACGCAUAAACAAAUAAAAAAUGACCCGUAUAUUUUGAAUUGAAAAAAAAAAUUGUAGAUAUCCUACGACGGUAUAGUGCGUUGCGUAUGUUACGUUACGUAUAUAUUAUGCACAUUGUACUCGUACAUACAUAUUACAAAUAUAUACGUCGUACUAAUAAUACGUAGCCUAAACGUAGUCGUUCAUCGUAGACAAUUACGAAGCGAACUCGAACUCGAACUGGAAAUCGAUACGAUGGUCGCCAUCGAGUCUGCUAGCUACAGCUACUGCUACUACUGGCGUCAAAAUUAUUCGAUGUACCCAGCAUCGUCAUAAUUUCGUAUUGGCGCGUCCCGUCCACGUAUACUGUGGUUCGCGUAUCUUCGCACAUCAUUCUGUACGAGUACGAGUACGAGUAUGUCCGCAUAUCGGAUGCGAAUCUACGCGACAUGUCGCCAGCUUCUCGUGCCAAUAUCCAUAUCGCAACCGCGAGCAUACGUUUACGUACGAGUAUAAUCGCGUUUCCAGUAUUACUCGUAGUUCUGUAUUUAGAAAUCCCAAGUCUGCUCGUGUGGCUGUAUUAGCGGAAGAAAAACUGCAAACCAGGCUUCGCAAGUCAACCAAAAACACACAACGAAAAUGGUGCCCAAGAUUUACUGGAUCACGUGGUUGAGUCUAUACGGAUAUCUGUCGAGCGGAGCGUUGGCGUUGGCGCUGACUCAGGCACAUUCGCAAAUGCGGACGCAGAUGCUGGCAAAUAGUAAGACGUGUCCGACGGCGUGCCGCUGCUACCAAGAGUCGGGCGUGUACUCGAUAUUUUGCGCCGGAUCCGGCCUCGGCGAGAUUCCCAAUUCGUUCGACUUGUACGCGCAGAUUUUCAACUUUAGCGGUAACCGAUUGGCCAGCGUCGAGAACGACGCUUUUCGCAACGCGUACUUCGGCGGCGUGGAAAUUGUGGACUUGAGCGGCAACCGCAUCAGAAGGCUGUCGUCGAACGCUUUCGCGAAUUUGAAAAAUCUGCUGGAAAUCGACCUGUCCGACAACGAAAUCGGCGCUGUUCGCGGCAAGCUGUUCAGAAACAAUCGCUUCGUCAACACGAUACGACUACGCGGAAAUCCGAUAGAAAAGCUAGGCGAGCGCGCUUUUCCAUUCUCCGUCUACGUAAAAACUUUGGACUUUGAAGGUUGCAAACUGAAGCACAUACACCGGUACGCGUUCCACAGUACGCCGCUGUUGCAAAACUUGAACUUGAAAAACAACGCUCUCAAGUCGCCUCCUAUGACGGCGCUGCGUUUGCCGCAGCUACGUACGCUGCAGCUGGACGGCAAUCCGUGGAGAUGCGACGCCGAUCUGUGGCGCGUACUCAAAUGGUUGCAAAAACGACGGCGACGACGAGCCAUCGACGGGGACGAUGGCGGCGGCGGCGGCGGCGGCGGCGGCGGCGGCUCCGGUAACGCUCUCGUCGUUGGAUCCGGAUCCCAAUCGCAGCCGCAGUCGCAGUCGCAGCCGCAGUCUCUGUUGUGCGUAUUCGGCGAAACGGAAAACGCCGUACUCUGGGACACCAUGGAGGCGGGUAAUUUCGAAAAAUUUCGCACGCUACAGCAACAGCAGCGGCAGCUGCAACGUCGAAAUAAAAGAGCGAUAAGCGCGGAGCGCGCUAAAACGAACGCUAUUCGCCAUCAGAAGACGGUGAGCGCGGAGCGCGCCAACGAUGUCGAUUGGAAUUGGAUGACGGUCGACAACUUCGAACAAUGGAAUUUUACGAUUCCGAUUCCGGUGCACUGCGCCCAACACCACGAAUACUCGCCGACCAGAUUCCUCAAAAAUCGCUAUAAACCUAAAGCGAUCUCGGUGACGGCGCCAGCGGCCGCCGCCAACGUCGUUGCAACAGCAACAGCGGCCGCGGCAAAGGUGGCUCCAGCGCCACCGCCACCAGCGUCGUCGGCGGCGGCUGCCUCCGUGUCGGCGCAUCAUUCGCCGUCGCAUUUUAUUCGCAACAGCAACGCUCAAAUCUCACGUAACUACGUCGAACGUCCUCGGCAGUCUGGAAACGUAGCCUCCGGUUCAGGUUCAGUUUCGGGUUCGGGUAUAUUUUCGAGUAAAUUUCAGAAAAACUCGGACGCCAACUCCAACACAAACACCAACACCAACACCAACAUCUACGUGCCGGAUUUGGGCAAACUUUCCGAUUUAGAGCGACAAUACCUGUCGCGAAUCGCGGCAGUAGCCGCCGAAAUCGAGCGGCAGCGCACAGCUCGGAUCGACGAAAUCGCUUCGACGACGCAGACGUCCGGGCGAGAUGCGUACGAUAACAAUGUCGGUGCGGAAGCCGGCACCGGCACCGGCACCGGCACCGGCACCGGUGACGACAAUGGCGAAACUUUCAUCGAACGACAUCACGUCAUUAUACUGGGCACCGAAGCGGUGUUGAUCGCCAUUCUGCUGACCAUUUUAUACCGGCUAUGGAAGGAAAACCAUAAACGUGUCGGCUGCAAUCUCAUCCAAACCACCGCCGUCCAUUGUCCGCUGAACAACGGCGAUGCCGGCGUCAGCGCCGGUGGCGUUCCGUGCAAAAGCUACGACACACAAACCAGCGGCUACAAAAGGUAUUCCCUUUCGGACGAAGAAUAUUCCAAUAUUCGUAACGGUGCCGGUGCCGGUGUCGGCGGAGCUGACGAAGCGAAAUACGACGCGGAAAGCGGUUAUCUCUCGUAUCACAGGUACAACAGCAUCGAAGGCGAAAACCCCAGCAACGCCCAUAACGACGCAUCGGGAGGCGGCGUCGGCGCUGGUGGAGGCGUCGAUGGUGCGUCGUUGUUUCGGCGAUAUCAGCAGCAGCGAAAUGAAAUCAGCGACGAUUCGGCCGAAGAAGGCAACGACAGCGGCUGCGGCAACCGUCCGCCGCGUGCUGUUUCGCGACAUGGCCGAGCACACAAACACGAAUUGCAAUCUACGAGUAACUCGUGUACGGCCAAUACGCGCCGCAUACGAUACGGCCAGUCUCAUCCCAGCUUCAGCGGUACCGGCGGCAGUCGCGGCGGCCACAACGACGACGAAGAGUAAUCGCUAAUCGACAAUGGUCAAUCGUCAAUCGACAAUCGUAACGAAUCUUACACGAUAAGACGUAAUAAUCGAUUGAUUUUUCUCAAUAUUGCAAACGUUCCGUACGACGUUAACCUUAUUUACGUACCUGUACCUAGACCUACCAGCUACCUACUACUGUUUUUUGCGGUGUAAAAUGAAUACGCGUAGAUCGACAAAUUUUUCGCGAGAAAUGGUCAAGGGGUUGAGGUAAAACCGAGCAAAUAGCAAUAUGUACUACGCGGUGACGUAACUUACCAUACUAUUGACACGCCUACAGCAACAAUCGACAAUGACAACGACAAUACAAUAAUACCCCUGUAUCUGUACCUUACCUACCUGUACCUACCUACCUACCUACCUACCUACCUACCUACCUACAAUCCUACAUAGUAUGUUUCAAUUAUUCGAUGUUUGUUUUUUUAUGUAUCUACUAUUUCAAUAUGCAUUGGUUAUCAAUAAAAAUAUUGUUGAAUAAUUACAA